CUUGUUUAGAACAUUUGAAGCUCAAAUUUUUAGCACGAAUUAUCUUCUUCAUUUUACUCCAUACUAAAAUUUAUCAUCUUAAGUCUAUGGUUAUCGUCUAAGGAGUCGUAUAUGUGUCUUUUGUAAGAUAUUUUAUUCGUUAUUCGUUAAGGUUUUACAAUGCCUAUAGAAAAGUAUAAAGUGGAACACAAGUUUGGAAUCAUUUCACACAGUCAACGAAUACUCCUGGAAAAUCGGUUAGAAAAUAAAUCGAAGACCUCUGUCCCUCCUGGUACCUACUCUAGAAGGAGGCGCCAUUAUGAAAUCACUGAGAACUUUAUUGCCAAGUUUAAUGAUAGCAGUCUUGAUGGCCAGGAAAAUCUUUUACCAUUUGCUACCAAAAUGCUUGCAAGAGUCAAGCGACGGGUUGGUCUCAGAGAAGGUGGAGAAGGAGACCAUGUCAGUCUUCCCAAGGCCUGGGCUGAACUUUCUUUACUAGCACAACUAAACAACAAAGAAUUGCAAGAAGAAUCACUGGAAGUUCUCAUCACUUCUCUCAAUCAGGCACCUUUAUUACAAUCCCAUAUUCCAAGUUUGUUCUUCCUGGCUAUGACUGCUCUGCACUGGCUCAGAAAGAUUGGUGUCAAUCAACCAUGUCUAAGAACUGGUGAAUUGAAGCUUAUCAAGAUGGGUCAUGUCGUGUUUGUCAGACUCUAUUACUUCUACCUCAAUAAUAGUUUAACACAGGGAUACAUGAAGGAGAAACAGGCCCUACUCAUCUAUUUAGCAGGUCUUUCUGAGCAGCAGUAUGUCUACAGAUCAUUCCCUGGCUCGCUCCUUGCUCUACGAUUCAUGAAUGAAGUGGGCUAUUUAAUAUGUAAAGGAGUACCAGUCCCACAAGAACAAUGCGCAACAAGCCCAACCACCAUUGAACCGAGCCGUUCAUUUCCGGGGGGGUCCAAUAGUGGGGAAAUACCGCACGUCAAUUCCAAAGCCAGUAAGGAAAGCUUCAUUGGGUAUCCCUAUAUGGAGAAAAUCGCUGAAGAGGAGCAACACAGUCAUUCCCCAACUGCCAUGCGAACACACACAUCUGUAGAAAGUAUCCAUGAUGUCUCGGCCACCCUGUGGCACAUAUUGGACGUGUGGCGCUGUACCAUGCAUAAGGGGAUUGGGCUCAAGCAAGCACUUGAUGGGCUUUCGGUAUGCGGAACAGGCAUGGCUGCUGAGUCCUGGUUGGACGUUUCGUGCGCAUUUUCCAUCCUUGCCCAUACCUGCUCAACCAACCUUUCUGCUCUCCAAACCUUUCAAAGCUUAGCAGCGGGCGCGUUCCCUCGUCCAGCAGCCCUCGCUGAAAUUCAUGCGCGGCACCUAAACCUAUGUGAACAUUGCCAUUCAGGCUUUAUUGGAGAUCCAUCUGCGCAUGCUCUUCACCAGGAGGAGGAGAUUAUCAAUGAUGGGCUUCCCGCGGGAUCAGACUAUUUGUCUGUGGGGCAAACACCGAGUUUUGUUCGAGGCUUGCGGGAGUUCGCAAAUCUUAGCCAUAUUGAAAAAAAUGAGAGAAAACAACCACCUGAAUCCAUAGAAACAGAAAGCCUAAGGUCACGUGACGAGAAACACGAAUCCUCAUCCGAAGCCAGCUUCGCUGACGUCAGCAGCAUCGAAAGCGAAGGCCAGACGCGUCGAAAAGGCGGGAAAAUGCCACGCCGUGCAUCAAGCAAACAAUUCAGGUCGUCUUACAAAUCAUUUCAGUUUGAGAAUGGUAGCUCUUCAUCUGAAGAAGAAGAAACUCGUAAACCAAAAGAAAAGGUUACCAAGCGAAACUCCUCUAAGGAGAGACUAGGUACGGGCGUUCGCUUCCAAACUGAGGAGCCUGGGACGAGUGACACUGAAGUAAAACCUCAUUCCGGUACUCCAAAACCAGGGGAGCCUUUGGAGCGAGAACUUACCAAAGGAAGUCUAUACAGUGGGCAGACAGCGGGUAGUACAGUUACUAUUCCUCUAGUGGAUGAUGAUAAAUCCGAAGGUCCAAGCAUCACCAAAACCGGAACUUCCCUCAUGAACGAUAUGAUUGGCGCCUACGGAUGGCCCUGGGAACUAGUAUAUCUUUACACCGAAGCAAUGACGUCAGUCUGUCUCCAUGGUAAUUCUUCUCUCGUUCAAAAAGUUGCUCUGCUUGGAAGCGAGGCUUAUAAGAAACCAAAGGUUCUGGGCAAAAAGGGAACAGUACAAGCUAGUGGACUCGGACUCGCCGACAUGUUGAAGUUUAAACUUCCAGAAACUAAAGUUUCCGCAAACAAAGACUGGAGCUGGCGCAUAAGAUUCGCGGCCGUGCAGGGCCUGGUUCGAGUGAGCCGUCAUUCCUAUGGCGAUAGUAUUAAAGACGGGAUGUGUUCAACGGCCUGGAACUUGUUAAUGAGACAUCACUCGACGGAAAAAGAUAUGAGAGUUUUGGAAGCGUUGAAACUUGCACAGGUAGAAGUGGAGAUGGACAAGGGAUCCCGGGCCUAUCCUAGCAUGCUAAUAUCUCACAUAGCAGCCGGUCUAGCCUCUACUAUGUUACCCCAGUUACCACCUAUAAUCGAUUUACCGGAGAUGACGUUAAGGCCCAAAUCACGUGUGGCUAAAGUUACAGGAUCUCCACCGAAGCGCGCUCCAACACGACCUUCAUUAAGACAGGAGAUUCUAUUAGCUACAGCAAGCUACGAGCCUCCGGAAGGUUACGGUGCGCGCAUGAAUAAAGAACUGAUGACAGUCAUCAAGGACCAGUGGCGAAAACAGCUACACAUCGACGAGGAAGAAGAGGAGGCGGAGAAAAGGAAACGAGAAGGGGAGAAAAUAUUAAGGGAAGAGAUGGAUGGGAAAGCGGAUGGGAAAAUGGAUGGGAAAAAAGAUGGGACACAAAGUAGUAUAAAAGAAGAAAAUUUAGAUGGUGUUGAUGAUGGAUGUGGCAUGCUGUCUAGUGUAAGUGGUAGACUGAGCAUAAAAGAGUAGUAUAAUAUGCUGUGAUAUCAAAAGUGAAAAUCAAAUUAUGCGAUAAGAUGGUAAAAAAUAAAAAGUAAAAAAGUAAAAGGGCAAUCAAAAUGAAACAAUGUAAAUACAACUUUUUU